CAAAUACCGCCUUCGUGCUUUCCAGUUGGGCGUGUCACAACCUCGUCAGGCACUGCGUGACCUUGAACCCAAUGCAGGCAGGCCUGCUGGGGCACGCCCCACCCUGCGUGAUCACAAGUCCCCAUGUGCAGGACUCCUCGUCAUCCAUAACUGGUGUUUUGCAUUAAGGCUUUCCCUAGCUCGACUGAUUAACCUCCGCUGCCAACUGCUUUGUUCUCUAAGAUCGCUUGCACGAAUGACUAAACACGUUACGGCCUGCCUUGACGCUGCAAGCAGUGCCGCCAAACCCAUUCCUUUACCCUGAUCUACUACUUGAUGUGUUGGAUUUGGGAACAUCAUCUCAGACUCAAGUUAUCCAACAGCGCGCGACACCGCCGACUCCAAGAUGCGACCGCCUCGAGCUGCCAUCCUCGUCCUCUUCUGUUCCGCGUCCUUUUUCCUCGUCUGCCGAUCUAUCAGUUCGAUCCGCCGACCGAGCCCUUCAGCAACAUCCUUGCCGCCGAGAAAGUCGCCAUUUCGAGCCCUCUUCUCAUUCGGCGCGCCCUUUUCUCUCUUCCCCCCAAGCGCUGCCAUCAGCCUUACCGACGACAACAGCACCUUCUUCCCCGCUCGGCCGGCCGCGUUCGGGCCACCUCUGCCUGCCAAGGGGCUGAGCGGGCGUCUGUGGAUAGGCAGCGGCUUUCCAGAGGAGACCUUGCAGGAUGGCGAAGGCGAAGGCGAGCUAGGUUGCAGCGAUCUGCCCGAGUGGGAGGACGGAAGGUUGAAGUUGGCUAUCACGGCCACGGAGCAAGCAUCGGCCAGCAGCAAGUCUGGCCCCGCCGCCAUUUCCCCAAAGAGCUUGGGUUCGGACGACCUGGCGAAAGAUCCCGCAGCUGGCCGAAACGGGGUGCAGAAGCGACAGCCCAAGCCUCGAGCCAGGUCUGUCGAUGACGGAACAGACGACCAUCUCCUAGAAUCCCUUCGGAAGACGAGAAGCCCGUCCAGUGAGGCAUCGACAGCGUCGGGGGCGAGUCACGCCGAUAUCCAGUCGAUACAGGAGACGGCCGAAAUCACUGGCAAAGUCGUUCUGCUGAGUCGAGGUGGCUGUGGGUUUGUCGACAAGGUCAAAUGGGCCCAACGCCGCGGCGCCGUCGCUGUCAUUGUUGGAGAUAACCAGAAGGGCGGACCCCUGAUCCAAAUGUUCGCGCGAGACAAUGCGGACAACGUCACGAUCCCUUCGGUCUUCACCUCACGCACCACUGCCCACCUGCUAUCCUCGCUGAUGCAACCCGGGAGUCUCGUCGAGGAUGUCCUCGGCAGAAUCGGGGACCCGCCGCUGAAGGCCCAACGUUCUAGCAAGACCGGGGGUAAUAAGAAUGCGCAGAGAUCCUCGACCUCAGCUAAAUAUGAUCGCAAUUUGGCAUCAAAGAGUCUGCCGGGUCAGCCCAAGGAGCCCACUGCGGCGAGAAGGAGCUCGAUCUCCAGGCGAUUUGGUUGGAGAGGCGGCCAGGGUGUUUCUCCCAAGGACUCGGCGACUGAGAAAUCCUUCUCCAGCAGCUCUGAGACUUCAGCUAGGCAGGCUGCCAAACCGGGCAAAGCUGGCAAUAGCCAGCCUGUGAGUUCCAAUGGACCCAACGGCGGCAGUAUCACCCGGGAGAGCGGAGAAUAUGUGCCAGACCCAGUCAGCGCCAGUAGUGGGAAGUCAGGGUCGUCCUCUGGCCCCCGCCGGGGUUUUUUUGGGAAGGUCUUCGGUGACAAAGAGGAAGCGGGAGGACAAUUCAGCGAGCCAUCACAGGAGACCGGGAGUCCGUCGGUUGCUGUUCCGACUCCGGCUCCCCUUGGCCCGGGCGGCAGUGAUGCGAGGGACGGCCUCUGGGUGACGAUCACCCCUACUGGCAGUGCCAGCCCCUUUUUUGACACACUCCUGGUGUUGGUGGUCAGCCCCCUGAUCACACUAACGGUGGUGUAUGCUCUCCUCAUCCUCCGGAUCAAAAUUCGGAUGCGGAGGUGGAGAGCCCCGAAGUCAGUUGUGGAUCGGCUUCCGGUACGGACCUACCAGACAGUCGCAUCCUCGCCCACCCAGUCACCAAGGACAGCGUCACCGACAAGCUCCUCGCCCACAACGCCGCUAUUGUCACGGCCACGGUCGCAUACCACUACUGGGGUUCCGGGAAGAGCCCUGGCCAGAACUGAUGAUGCUGUGCAGGUACGUGUGCAUUCUCACGAGAAGAACUCGCGCAGCGUUUCCAGCGAAUGGAAGAAGUACAUGGGUAGGCAAGUGGAGUGUGUUGUCUGCCUGGAAGAGUACGUCGACGGGGUCAGCAGGGUCAUGAGCCUUCCGUGUGGUCAUGAGUUCCACGCCGAGUGCAUAACACCAUGGCUUACCACUAGACGGCGCACAUGUCCGAUUUGCAAGAACGAUGUUGUGCGAUCGCUGGCUCGCGGGACCUCGUCGGGCCCGCAGUAUGAGCCUUUCCGCGAGGACGGCUACGAGAAUAACGGCGAGGCUUCCGACACAUUUGAAAACAGGCUUCCCUCCCCCAACAGACUUGAUGACGAUCUUGAGCGAGGCCCUGGGUGGUCUCAACCAUCAAGACAGGAUUGGCACGCAAGCCGACAUGAUGUGUGGUUCAGCGCCCUGACGAGUCGGAUAGGAGGGAGCUCGUCGUUCUCGACGAGGCGGGACGCUUCUGGGGAAGACCGAGGCCGGUGAUCGCAUGGGGAGUGCCAGGGGCCCAGUUACCGUUCACUUAUGGAGAACGGGGCCAUGGUGGAUCUGCCAAGGGCGGGAUUUCUGGGUUUUGCAUUCUAUGGGGAUAAAGGGUAUUGGGCGCUUUAGGCAUGGUGGCAUGGUAAGGGUCGGAGUGGCUUUUGGGCUGGUACUGACACUCGCUUUUUGAAUCUAUAUCGUGAUACCUCUUUUCUUACCACUUCAGGCUUGCUUGGUUUCUAAACCGGCGAGCUUCUAACUCAGGCCGACCGGAGUCUGGCAAUGACAGGACUGGCUCCAACGCCAUUCUACUCCAAGUUCCAUAGAUGGCAUCUGGUUGUUCUUCUGCUUUGUGCAGGUCGGUAGGAGCCGAUUGUGUGGAAUAGGUUAUGGGAAGCAACCUUGAGAUUCCACUCGCUGCGUAAUUUGAGGGCUGUGUCACCUGCACCUUAGCAUAAAUAUCAAUUGAUUCAUUUCACUUCGUU